AUGGCGAUCAAAGAAGAUAAACAUGUAAAGAUGAUGUUUAAUAGGAUCCAGAAAAUGCCCCAAGUAAAUGCUGCUGAGUUGUAUGUAAGUUUGGAGGCGCUUGCAGACAACACUACUGAGGUGGUGCAACAAACAACUACGACUUUACAAUUUACAGCCCUAGAUGAUGGAUGCACUACAAUGGAAGGGUAUACAAUGGGAGGGUAUACGAUGGGAGGUUAUACGCUCCCAUCUCAAGAUUAUGUUGCCAAUACUAGUGAAACCGUCUAUCCUCAAGAGACACAUUUAGAGAAGGAAGACGAAGACGAAGAUCAUGUUGUGAAUGAUGGUGAAAAUGUUGAGGUUGUGGAUGAGUACGAAGAGAGGAUUGAGCAAGGCGACUUUGAGAACGAUGUGGAUGACCAUGAAGUCGUUCCCAAUUUUGAAGAGGAAAAUAUGGAGUACCAUGAUGAAGGUGAUGCAGAUGAUGAUAUUGGUGUCCAGCAUAAUAGAAAUACGACCACUGGCUACAGACCUCCUGCCAAGUCAUUCUACUCAAAUACUUGGGAAGAUAUGGUUGAUCCUUCACGUCUUCAGAUACCAUUUGUCUCUACUUGGGAAGAUGAGAUGCAUUUUUGUAAAGGGUUGACUUUUGCAAAUAAAGAGGCGGUGAAGCGUGCAUUGAUAAUAUACGCAGCAAAUGAUAAUAGAAAUUUUAUAAUCCGGAGGUCGACCAAAACAAAAUUGUGCGCCGCAUGUGUUGACGACAACUGCAAGUGGUAUGUUGUGGCAUUCAUGAAGGCUAAAUUCAAUGGUCUGUGGAUGGUCACGUCUUAUGUGGGUCCACACACUUGUAUACCCUUUAGCCUAAAAAGAGACGGUAAAAUGAUGGAUUCGCAUUUUGUUGCAUCAGAAAUUGUGGGAAAAUUACAAAAAAAUCACACUGCACGUAUUGAUGAGCUAUGGGAGAUCAUACGUACUAAGUAUAAUCUUGAGUUUUCUUACUAUAAAGUAUGGGACGCAAAACAAAAGGCAAUUGCUAAGAUAUUUGGGGAUUGGGAGGAGUCUUACCAAAAGUUGCGAAAGUUGUUGUUGGCAUACUUGGAUGAGGAUUCAGGUACCCAGUACAGCUAUCACACCAUACCUAGGCCAUACGAAGGUACUGCGUUACUACGCUAUGUAUAUUGGGCAUUCGCUCCAUGCAUUGCUGCAUUCCAAUAUUGCAGGCCAGUGAUUAGUAUUGAUGGGACUCAUCUGUAUGGUAAAUACAAGGGGGUAUUGAUGAUUGCAAUGGCAACUGAUGCUAACCAAAAGAUUUUACCUCUCGCCUUUGCUGUUGUGGACAAGGAGUCAGAGGUAUCAAAUGCACUAUUCGAGAGUGGCCUAGACGUGAGGACGGAAGAGAACAGACACUUUGAUAACCCGACUCUAAAGGCAUUGGCCUUGAAACCUGGAUAUGCGAGUCAUGAAGCUAAAUUUGAGUCCAUAAUGCAAACCAUUAAGGAGGACGAGAUUAAUUUACUGAGGGGUGUAGAUCCUACUGAUUGUCGGAUUGAACGUUAUAUGCCAUACACAUAUCUAGUGAGUGAGGAUGUGGAGAAAUGGACCCAGUCACAUGAUGGUGGAAGACGUUACGGGGCAAUAACAACUAAUAUCUCUGAGUGCUUUAAUGGGGUACUUAAAGGUGCCCGCGGUUUGCCCAUUGCUGCAAUGGUUCAGUUCACUUGGUGUAAACUUGUUGCAUAUUUCCACGAUCGACAUAAACAAAUUACUUCUGAUCUCUCUCGAGGUAAGCUGUGGAGUGAUUAUGCAAUGGAGAUCUAUAGCAGAAAUGGACAGAAAAUUGCAGGACACAUUGUGAGGAAUUUUAAUCAUGCAGAGGGUGUAUAUCAAGUGGUUACCCCAUACAAUGACUAUAGAGGUGGAGGGGGAAACCACAAUCAUGAAGUGCGCAUAUUUGCUAGAACAUGUGGUUGCAGAAAGUGGCAAAACUUGAAGAUCCCUUGUUCACAUGCAAUUAAAGUUCUUCAAGGUCUGCAUCUCAAUGUGACCAGCUAUAUUGACCCAUGUUACAGUUUGAACAACGCCAUUCUCACAUAUUCACAUAAUUUUAUGGUGCCAAAGUCAGAGUCAUUGUGGAGGGACGUUUCCGGACCACGAUGGGUGCCUGACCCACUGCUGUUGCAGGGCAUAGGUCGUCCUGUGAAGUCAAGAAUAAGGAAUGAAAUGGAUGGGGUACGACGAGAACGGGGAAGCCAGAGGGAAGAUCCGGACUUGAGGGAGACUCAACCGAGGCAACGAUGCGGAGUGUGUCAUCAAGAGGGGCAUAAUCGUAGAAGCUGUCCCAAUUCCCGUGGGGCUUCGACAAGUGGUAGUGCUAUAAACUAG